CUAGUUUAAACUUUUGAGUGGUUUGUGUCUCCUGAUUGGACUCCUACAAAUACAGAAUUGAUGCUAGGAAGGGUACCAGGAGAUAGACGCACACAGAUGGGAUUUGGGAAUAGGUUUGGUUAUCCAAGGAGCAGUGCUGAGCUCCUUGCUAAUGGGAUAUGGGAUGCUGGUGAUUUCCAGGAAGUGAGCUCACAAUGACUCAAGCUGCCACAUACUGUUGAUUGUGAAAUGCCAGUUGAAGCAUAUGUCCUGCGAGCUUAGGGGUGCUACAAGUUGACCACUGCAGCAGUAAAGAUGACUCUGAAGAAUGGCGUGGGAUGGAUCCUUUCAAAUGCACUUGAGCAGCGGUCUCCAACCACAGGGCCACAGAGCUGGAGCUGGAUCUACCAUGAAGGACUUCUGAAUCCAGGAAGAGAGACUGACUGGGCAACAUGUUAUUCAGGUGGGACCAUCCAGUUUCAGGAAAACAAGCUUAACACGCCCACUGAUUCUACAUUAUGUAGAUUCUUCAGGCCCAGCAUCUGCCUCACUGUGGACCCCCCAAGCCAAGCUCCCAACCUUUCAGCAGCUUCUACACACCCAGCUCCCGCCUGCCAGUGGCCUCUUCAGGCCCAUGGGGGUCAUUCCUCACAACAGCCUUUCCAGGCCCAGUUUUUCCCUUCCGGCAGCCUCUCUGGGCUGAGAACCUCCUCAAGUCGGCCUCUCCAGACCACUUGCACCCUCCGGGCGUCCUCUCCGGGCCAAGCUCCUCUUCCUGGCUGUGUCUCCAGGCCCUACUCCUGCCUCUCAACAACCUCUUUGGACUCAGUGCCUAUCCAUCUCCUGGCGUCCUUGGUCGGCCCACAGCUUCCUCAAGCCAAGCUCCCCAGGCCCAGGUCAGGCCUCACGGUGGCCUCUCCAGGAUGAGCUCCUGCACUCCGAUGGCACCUGCAGGCCCCAAAUGGUCUCCGGUCGGUGGGCUUCUCCACGCCAAGCUUGGGCCUCCCGGCGACCUCUGCAGGCCCAAGUUGUCCUGAAGUCGGCAUCUCCCGGCCAUGCCUCCCAGCAAGUAAGCAAGCUCUUUUGGCUGAACUCCUGCCCAGCUCCCAACCGCCUUUGUAGGUCCCGAACUUUCUCCAGCCAAGUACUUCGGGCCUAAUUCCUGCCGCCCGGUGGCCUGUACGGGCCCAGCAAUGGUUGGAGAGUGGCCUCUGCAGGUCCUGCUCUUGCCUCCCAGGGGCCUCUCCAGGCCCAGCUCUUGCCCCCACGGCGGCCUCCCGGGGCCAAGUCCCUGCCUGCCUCCCAGCAGCCCGCGUGCGGCCCAGCUCCUCCCUCACGGUGGCCUGUUGAUGCCCAUGCCUCUGGUACCCUGCCCAGAGGCAUGAGCCUCUUGCCUCACACCGGCCCCUCUCACGCUGACAGAGGUCCGCGGGAGCCCCUAGCCUCACACCGGCCCCUCCCAGGCUGACAGAGGUCAGCCUGAGCCCCUAGCCUCACACCGGCCCCUCCCAGGCUGACAGAGGUCAGCCUGAGCCCCUUGCCUCACACCGGCCGCUCCCACGCUGAGAGAGGUCAGCGUGAGCCCUUGCCUCACACCGGCCGCUCCCACGCUGAGAGAGGUCAGCGUGAGCUCCUUGCCUCACACCGGCCCCUCCCACGCUGAGAGAGGUCAGCCUGAGCCCCUAGCAUCACACGGACCCCUCUCAGGCUGACAGAGGUCAGCGGGAGGCCCUAGCCUCACACCGGCCCCUCUCACGCUGACAGAGGUCAGCGGGAGCCCCUAGCCUCACACCGGCCCCUCUCACGCUGACAGAGGUCAGCGGGAGCCCCUAGCCUCACACCGGCCCCUCUCACGCUGACAGAGGUCAGCCUGAGCCCCUUGCCUCACACCGGCUCCUCCCACACUGACAGAGGUCCAUGGGAGUCCCUUGCCUCACACUGGCCCCUCCCACGCUGAGAGAGGUCAGCGUGAGCCCCUUGCCUCACACCGGCCCCUCCCACGCUGACAGAGGUCAGCCUGAGUCCCUUGCCUCACACCGGCCCCUCUCACGCUGACAGAGGUCAGCGGGAGCUCCUAGCCUCACACCGGCCCCUCCCAGGCUGACAGAGGUCAGCCUGAGUCCCUAGCCUCACACCGGCCUCUCCCAGGCUGACAGAGGUCAGCGGGAGCCCCUAGCCUCACACUGGCCCCUCUCACGCUGACAGAGGUCCGCGGGAGCCCCUAGCCUCACACCGGUCCCUCCCAGGCUGACAGAGGUCAGCCUGAGCCCCUUGCCUCACACCGGCCCCUCCCACACUGACAGAGGUCAGCGUGAGCCCCUUGCCUCACACCGGCCCCUCCCACGCUGAGAGAGGUCAGCGUGAGCCCUUGCCUCACACCGGCCCCUCCCACGCUGAGAGAGAGAGAGACAGGUGAUGUACUUUUUCUUCUUGGAUAAUUUUCAUUGUUUUAUCUAAUUUGGCUGUAACUAAUGUGUUUAAUAUGGCUUGCUUGUUUUUUAAAAAGUUGUUCAGUAUCCUUAGAACUCAGUGCUGAUUUCUUUUUCUAGCAGGCCUUUUAUAUAGGACAUCUCACUUUCUCCUGGCUCUCUACUACUAGCAUGAGGUCUCUGAAAAAUCAAGACAGCAAAAUAAUUUGUUAUAGAAUAGCUUAUGUAGAGGGACAGGGGAGGAGUCAUAUUCCAAGAGGGAAAGACCUUUGAGCCAGGCUCAAUUUGUAGAGGCUGUUGAAUGAAAAUGAGAGAGAGAGAAUGCACACUUUAUUGCACUAUUAAAGCAAAAUUCUGACAAUAACUUCUAAAAAUGAUUCAACUCUUAUACACUGAGAAUAUGACAGACCUUCCAAAAGUAUAAUUUCUUACAUGAACGUCCAGGUAUAUAAGGAAAAAUAACUAUUUCAUACCAAUAUCUUCAGCCGCCUUUAUUGUUGGUUCACCAGAUAGGUUUUUAUCAGAAUCGCAGAACAUUAAUUUUUUAAAUUAGUUACCAUUACAACUAGCUUGAGAAGAACUUUCUUUUUAAUAAUUCGACCCAGAUGCAUUCUAGAUACUCCAGUGUUACGAAUCAAUGGCUUCAUGAGGAGCCGCUGUUGACUCAUGCUAUCUCUGGACACACUGACAGGAAAUGUCUUCUUACACCUGUUUUCCUCCUGCUUUUCCUUGGUAGGACUUAGUUCCUUGGCAUAGUUCAGUAUCAAUGGCAGUCAUAGAGAAGUGUUACAAAAACCCAGCUUAUUCCAACUUGUGAAUUAUUUGGCACCCAGGAACCAGGUCUUACAAUCUUCAACCCACUUUUUCCUAACGUGGCCCCUUUUCUGAAAUGUUUAUUUAUAUAUGAUGUAGGCCUGGGGAAAGGACAUGGACUUUCAAAGAAAAUAUUCUCCAAUAGAUCUCUCAACUCCAGAGAACCUUCUGACUAAAUCUGAAAGAAUUCCACUGUGCUCUGAUAACAUCCUUUAAUAAUGAAGAAAAGAUAUUUUUCCCCCAGGAGGAUUUUGUAGUGAAAGAGAUGGCAUAAUUUUUUUUAAAAAUGUUGUUUAUAAUCUCAUUUGUUUUUUCAUUUGUGGGGUGUGUCUUAAAUCCUAAAUGGUACAUCCUUUUUAAAAUACUUCUAGUAAUAAAAUGUUUCUGAAGUUA